GCACAUUAUUCUUCGAAGUGGGGAUCGUGCUGUGUAGAAAUACUCGUACAUUAUCAGUAUUGGUAUAGUUUUGUUGAUGUAUUCGUGUCAUUCAGCUGGUAGGGAUAGUUAUUUUGUUGAAAAAAUUAGUUACGGCAUCUAACCAAGACCUAAAAGGAACUCUGUGGCAGUGCAAUGUUACGCGUUAAGGUAGCGCUAGUUGGUAAUAAAUUAGUGAUAUAUAUUUUUUGAUUAAUAAAGUACAUAAUGGCGCACGGUACUAAAGUGUUAAGUGAUAAAAUAAAUGUUAAGUGUGUUAAAAAAAGACCAAAAAGUUUAAAAACGACACAGCAUAAAAAAACGGCUGGGACGGGAAGCAGACGAAUAUUUCCAACUCCGUUUAAAAUUCAAGUAUUGGACUCAUAUCGUCAUGAUAAAGACUGUAUGGGAAACCAACGCGCUACUGCUAGAAAGUACGGGAUUCAUCGUCGGCAAAUACAAAAAUGGUUGCAGGGCGAAAGAGAUUUACGCAAUACUUGUGCUAAAAGUGCUUUGACUAAACUUUCAGCUUCAGGUCGAGGUCCAGGUCCAGUUCCAGGCGCUAAAUCAGGAUCAGUAUCAGGACCGAGAAUAGGACUAGGACUAGGACCAGGGUUAGGACCAGUUAAUUGUGGCAACGGGGGUUCUAUUAAUGGGAAUGGCGCCCCAGCAGCAGGUACUGUGGGAAUAAUGAACGGCCCGGCCUUGAACCUCAGCGUCAGACUGCAUGGCGACGUUCCUCCCACCACGCAAAGUUAUUCUCCAUUGAUUAUAACUUACGAUAAACACGAGGACCAUAAUCUUAACCAUAACUAUUAUGGUUACGGUAGUUAUCGGCAUGAUCCGAUUUACGGGGUAACUUAUUGCAGAAAAAAUGAUCCUGUAAGUCCCGAUUCGACGAGAAUGGAUAUUGGAUUUGAUAAUAAAAUAGUAACUGGACCUAUUAAUGGACCGGAACCUAAUUUCAAUCUAAUUGGAUCUAAAUCUGACAGCAACAAUUCUGGACCUAUUAAUGGAUCGGAAUUCAAUUUUAAUCUAAUUGGAUCUAAAUCUGACAACAACAAUUCUGGACCUAUUAAUGGAUCGGAAUUCAAUUUUAAUCUAAUUGGAUCUAAAUCUGACAGCAAUAAUUCUGGACCUAUUAAUGGAUCGGAAUUUAAUUUUAAUCUGAUUGGACCUAAAUCUGACAGCAACAAUUCUGGACCUAUUAAUGGAUCGGAAUUUACUUUUAAUCUAAUUGGAUCUAAAUCUGACAGCAACAAUUCUGGACCUAUUAAUGGAUCGGAAUUUAAUUUUAAUCUAAUUGGACCUAAAUCUGACAGCAAUAAAGUAGAAGCCGAUAUAAAUUUUAAUGUAGUAGGAUCUACAUCUAAUGAAAUCGGAAGUAAAUCUAAUUACAAUGUUAUAAAAAUUAAUUCUAUUGCUAAUGGAAGUUCAUUGGAUUCUAAUAAAACACCAUGCGAACCUAAUUAUAAUGGAAAACUUGUUGAUUCUAACAUUAAUGAAAUUAGAUCUGAAUCUAAUUACAAUGGAAUUGAAUUGAAAACCAGUAGUAAUGGAAUUGCAACAAAAUUAGAUGAGUCCAAUGAAUCUAAACCUAAUUAUGCCAUGGAAUCUGAAUCGAAUGAAGUAAAAUCUAAAUCGGAUAUCAAUGAAUCGAUACCUAAAUCAAUUAGAACUGAAUCUGAUAGAAAUGAAUCAGAAUCAAACUUAAAUGGAACUAAAUUUGAAUCGAAUAAUAACAAUAGCGGAUGCCUGGAAGAUUCAACAAGUGAAUCAAGAUCAUCAUUAACGAGUUCUGGAUCCGAUACUGACGAUCCAUUAAAUUAUUCUCUCGAAACUCCAACCCGCGAUGUCGGAAGACGUCGAUCAUUUCCUCUAAUGUUCAAACUAGAAGUCCUCGAUGGAUAUUAUCACGACCCAGAUGUUUGUGGCAACCAGAGGGCGACUGCACGCAAGUACAAAAUAAAUCGACGGCAGGUACAGAAGUGGCUUGGCCAGGAAACGGAACUUAGAGACGAGAUUAAAUUACGACGAGGAGAAUUGCGGCAAAGAUUGGGCGCCAGCGAGAUAACAAACUCGCCCGUGGAUCUCAGGACCGGAGAAAUGGAAUACGAGUACCCGGAUAGAUACGGACUCGCCUGCUGCUAUUACACAACAUGCCCGUCAAUUUGCUGCAGGCAAGGCGAGCAAGAGAGCCCUCUUUGUCUGGUGAAGCCCAAGGGGACCAACCUGCCCAAGCCUAAAAAGGAUUAUAUUUCCUUUAGGCCUUAUCUGGACAAUCCCGUUGUCAAGCCCGACGACGAGGAGAAUGACAAUGAUGAAUACAACGGGACCUGCAGACUCUACGAUCCAUCCAGCAGGAAAAUUCAUCAAAAUAUCUCCCUGGGAUUGAGCUUUCAGGAUCCAGGAUGGGGAUAUUUUUAUGAUAUUCCCGCGAAGCCCGGUGCUGUUGUUCACUACACCGCUAAUUUCGUUUGAUUUUGUGGUAAUUCGCGGUUCUAAAACAUAAGAUAUUCAGAUAAUGCGGAGAUUUAAUUUUUAUAUUUGGAAAUCAGCUCAAUUUUCAUUUUAAACAGGGCACGGAAAAUUUAAAAGCUUUUUUUUUGUGGGAAAUUCAAAAUCUUUCAUUUUUCUGGUUAAAUAAAACGAUCCGCUCAAUGAUGAAUGUAUAUCUAUAUAGUAUUGAAAUUGAAAUUUUCUAGGAAAAUCUGGUCGUAAAUUUUCCGGAAAAUUUUUAUAAUUCGCGGGAAAUCUCGAUUUAUAAAUUUUACGGAAAAAUCGGACUUUUAUUCUUAGAAAUUUAAACCAAAAUUUUGAAACUUAUUUUUCGGGAAAUUUCGGGAAAAUUUCACGGAAAAUUUUUAUAUUUUGCGGGAAAUUCUGAUUUCCAAAUUUUCCGGAAAAAUUAAACUUUCAUUCUUAAAAAAUUUAAACAAUAAUUUUGAAACGUUUGUAUUUCAAGGAAAAUUUUUAAUUUUCCUACAAAAAUUAACUAAUGAAUUUCCCGGAAAAUUUUAACACAGUUUAAAAUUAAGAGGAAAAUUAUUUGAUCCCGCGGGUUCGAGUUUUUCAUGUGUUCAAAAAAGUUUUCAUUGUAAAUUCCAUGGAAAAUUUAAACGCAAAUUUUAUAUUUCGCGGGAAAUUUCGAUUUCUAAAUUUUUCUCCCCGACGGAAGCGGAAAGCGUCAACUUUCGUCCCGCUGUGCGGAACGAAAUUGAUGCCUUCCGCCUCCGUCAAGAAGAAAAAUGAGUAAAAUACUAUUCCGGAAAAAUUUAACUUUUAUUCAUAAAAAAUUCCAACAAUAAUUUUUAAACGUUUGUAUUUUAAGGAAAAUCAAAAAUUUUUAAUUUUCCUACAAAAAUUAAAUGAUGAAUUUCGGGAAAAUUUAAACACAGUUUAAAAUUAAGAGGAAAAUUAUUUGAUCUCGCGGGUUCAAAUUUUUCAAAUAUUCCGGAAAAUUUUCAUUGUAAAUUUCACGGAAAAUUUUUAUAUUUUGCGGGAAAUUUUGAUUUCUAAAUUUUCCGGAAAAAUUGAACUUUCAUUCUUAAAAAAUUUAAACAACAAUUUUGAAACGUUUGUAUUUCAAGGAAAAUUUUUAAUUUUCCUACAAAAAUUAACUAAUGAAUUUCCCGGAAAAUUUUAACACAGUUUAAGAUUAAGAGGAAAAUAAUUUGAUCUCGCGGGUUCAAGUUUUUCAAAUAUUCCGGAAAAUUUUCAUUGUAAAUUUUUAUAUUUUGCGGGAAAUUUUGAUUUCUAAAUUUUCCGGAAAAAUUGAACUUUCAUUCUUAAAAAAUUUAAACAAUAAUUUUGAAACGUUUGUAUUUCAAGGAAAAUUUUUAAUUUUCCUACAAAAAUUAACUAAUGAAUUUUCCGAAAAUUUUCACACAGUUUAAAAUUAAGAGGAAAAUCAUUUGAUCUCGCGGGUUCAAGUUUUUCAAAUAUUCCAGAAAAUUUUCAUUGUAAAUUUCACGGAAAAUUUUUAUAUUUUGCGGGAAAUUUUGAUUUCUAAAUUUUCCGGAAAAUUCGAACUUUCAUUCUUAAAAAAUUUAAACAACAAUUUUGAAACGUUUGUAUAUCAAGGAAAAUUUUUAAUUUUCCUACAAAAAUUAACUAAUGAAUUUCCCGGAAAAUUUUAACACAGUUUAAAAUUAAGAGGAAAAUUAUUUGAUCCCGCGGGUUCGAAUUUUUCAUGUUCAAAAAAGUUUUCAUUGUAAAUUUCACGGAAAAUGUCAGCGCAAAUUUCUAUAUUUGAAUGGAAAAUUUAAAUUUUCAAAUUUUUCCGCAAAAAAAAAAUUUUGUAAAAAGCAAAAAUUUAAAUUUCUCGUGAAUUCUCCACCAAUUAAAAAAUUUAUUAAGAAAAUUAUAAUUUAGCUAAAAUAUAAAAAAAAUUAUUUUUCGUCGCUUUUUUUUGAAAAUAAUUUUUUUUACGUUUUAUCUAUUUUUAAAAUUACACUUCAAUAAUAAUUUUGCUCAAAACUUUUUUGCUUCCACUAAAUUAAGUAUUUAACAAUUUUUUUGUAUAUGUUGUAAAUAUUUAUUAAGAAAUAUAUAAAAACUUU